GCUUGACACAAACACUCAGCUACUGCUGGACAGAUCCACAAGGAAAAAGUGACCCGACCAGACCAAACUUGAUUGGGCUUGACUUGGCUUGACUGCUGGAAAUACCAGGACCCCAGGUCAAGAUCAUGGAUUCAAGAAGUAUUCUUGUGAUGCUGUGUUUGCUAAUGGCAUCCUCAUGUCAGCCCUGGAAGUCACCAGACAGGCGGCAGCCUCCUCCUGUUGCGUCCUUCCUGAAACAGCUCCUGAAGAUCCGUGAAGGAGCAGAUGGUAGAGCCUUGCAGGAGCCUGGAUUAGAUGUGGGGGAAAGACCUACCAAGUGGGCACAGUUGGAGGGAGCAAGAAGCCAUCUGAACCUGUUUAGGAGUUCCGUUUCUGGGCAUCGUGUUCCUCGGCACCUACUGGCUUUCCCUUCUGUGCGUGGAUGUCACCUUGGCACCUGUCAGAUCCAGAACCUUGCCAAUCUGCUGUACCGUUAUGGAGGCAACAACCAGAAAGAUGAAUCCCACAAGAACAAUAAGGGUGCAGCUGAUCCCAUGGGCUAUGGACGCAGGAGACGCCGGUCAGCUGGACAUGGUGUGCCCACUCCCACUUAAAAGACAGUGUGCUGAGGAGGGAAAGAUGGGAACCAACUGAAUCAGGCUCUGGGCAGCCUCAAGGAACAGGAGAACAGGCUCUGUGAUUCACAGCGCUUGGAGGCUGUGCUCCAGAAACAGCAAUGGGCAACUACAGAGACUUUCUUGGCAAGCAUGGCCACCAUCUGAGAACUGGGAUGCUAGUGGGUUUUCUUAUAGCUCCAGCAGUUUAGUAUCCCCCAUUCCAGUUUAGAUUUGGGCCACUGGUGUCCAGACAAAGGGAUCCAGGCCGUAGAGUGGAUAGUUGUUACCAGUCACUCGGGUGGGACUCGCCCUCUGCUUUGCACUGCCCCCAGCUGUUCUUAUUCGAUGGAGUUAUUCAUGUAGUGGUAAGCCAAGAGCAUACACUGCACUGGAGCAGCAGCACAUUGCCAGAAUGCAGAGUGAAGAUGCUGUAUAACGCAAGGAAGCAGAUGGAAUAGUAGUAGUCUGAUCUCCAGAAAAACAUUGGAACAUCCCGGCAUUGUGGAAUAGCCCCUCUGCAAAGUAGAAGUGGACUUUACCCACUGUGUGAUACAGAGGGUGAGAGGGGUAAAAUCAAAGGAGUCCCAGGGCAUUCCUGGCUUGUGGGAUUCUUCUGUCCUUCAUCUGUGCAUCUGGAUUUGUUUUGAGAGAAGAUUUGAAGUAAAGAGAUUUAUC